AUGGUGUGGAAAGACCCUGUCGAGAGAUUCCUCGAGCUCUUGCGUCUACGCACUGUCAGCGUUGAGGGACCAAGUGGUAGUUACAAUGAGUGUGCCCAGUGGCUACGAAGUUAUUUGGAAGAGCUUGAGCUUAUGGUACAGGUUUUCUUGCCUGUUGAGAAUAAGCCAGUCGUCCUGGCAACAUGGAAAGGUGAAGACUCAUCACUUCCAGGGAUUCUAUUAAAUUCUCAUUAUGACGUCGUGCCAGCUAUGGCAGAGCAUUGGCAGUAUGAUCCCUUUGACGCUCAAGUGCUCGAAGACGGACGUAUUUAUGGUCGAGGGGCACAGGAUAUGAAGAGUGUGUGCAUUCAGUAUGUGGAAGCAGUCCACGUUUUAAAAACUUCAGGCUUUCAACCCAAGCGCAACAUUUACCUUCUCUUUGUUCCGGACGAAGAAGUUGGAGGGGUCGAUGGAAUGAGCAAAUUCUUGGAAAGCGAGCUAUUUCAUUCGAUUUCACCGGUCGCAAUUGCAUUCGAUGAGGGAUUAGCAAAUACAGGUGAUGCAUUUACGGUCUUUUAUGGAGAAAGAUCUCCUUGGUGGGUGUAUGUUAAAGCUCAAGGUCCAACUGGCCAUGGCAGUCGAUUUGUUCAAAAUACUGCCACGAUGAAGCUCAUUAAUGUUUGCAACAAAGCUUUAGCUUUUCGUGACGAACAAGAAAAUGCACUUGGGACAGACCUUGGAUGCAAACACGGGGAUAUGAGGAAAAAGAAACUUGGUGAUGUCACAACGAUCAAUAUUACGGCCUUACAGAGUGGGGUAUCUCAAGAUGGAGGAAAAACACACGCUCUUAACGUGAUUCCGACCGAAGCUAUCGCUGGUUUUGAUAUCCGUGUGUCGCCUGAGAUGGAAUUAAGUGCGAUGAAAACAAAACUGGACGAAUGGUGCACUGCUGAAGGACUUUCAUGGGAAUUUGCUUCGUGGACGGAUCCACUGCACGAUCAUUACGUCACUUCAUUGGAUGCUGACAAUGUGUGGUGGCAGCUUUUUCAAAAGGCUUGUGCGCAGAUGGGAGAAAAACUCGAAACAGAAAUCUUUCCAGCGGCUACUGAUAGUCGCUUUCUGCGCAAGGUGGGCGUUCCUGCCAUUGGCUUUUCGCCAAUGAAACUCACUGAGAUUUUACUUCAUGAACACAAUGAGAGUCUUGCUAAACAUACGUUUUUGCACGGCAUUAAUGUGUACGUGGGUGUGUUUCGAGAGAUGUUCGCAUACAAGUAA